CAGCACACACAUUUUGGCCUCUACAGCAGAUCGUAGUUUGGCAGCGACUCAGAGACACCGAUACUGUGUGUGUGUGUGUGUGUGUGUCAGCGUGAAGCGAGGCAGUGCAGCUCGACACACUCAGCACGCAGCAUGAAUCGCCUUCUGAAGGUUCCACUUGUGGCCCGACGAGCUUUCGGAAGCUCAGCCCGGCAGCUGAGGAACAAAGUGCCCGAGGCCCAGAAGCUCUUCCAGGAGGACAACGGGCUGCCGGUCCACAUCAAGGGGGGGACCGUGGACGUGGUUCUGUACCGGGCCACCAUGGUGCUGACCUUGGGAGGGGCCUGCUACUCUCUGUACUGGCUGCUUUAUGCUGCGAUGCCUCAGAGGACAGCGUAGAGAGGAAGAGGAUGAUGAAGAAGAUGAACCCCCUUUCCCCUCCUCACCCCUGAUGCUUGUAGUUUGAUUUCAUCACACUGAGGAUGCAAUAAAAGGCGGGACUUGAUCAAA